UCGAUUUGUUCAUCCCAUUCAUCUAUCCGAUCACUCCUGGACCUUGCCGUGCAAGUCUAUUUAAGGCAUUCUGUCUUGGCUUCUUCCUUGCUCAACAGAAAUUCCGGCAUUAGCUUUUUUCAUCCUUUGACAAGGAAACCACAUCCAAACGCAAAUAUUCGUCUCGUACAUAUUUGAGACUGCGACACUUCCGAUCGGAAUAGCUACAGGUUAGCUAUCUAUCAGACCAUCCUUUUUCACCUCGAGAAAUAAACUUCCGAGGCAAAAAUAUCAACACAAAUCAUCCAAGAUGCGUUUCUCUACUGCUACCUUGGCGGUUGCCGCUUUGGUCGCCGGCGCUUCUGCGCACAUGAACAUGGCCAGCCCGCCUCCUCUGAAGUACAAGGGCAAUCCAAACGCCAAGACGAUUGAUAGCGAUAUCACCUCGCCCAACGUCCCUUCGACUUUCCCAUGCAAAGGUGCUCUGGAUGUCUUCGACAGUGCCGAGGGUGCCUCUGUUGCCACUUGGGCCCCUGGUUCCCAGCAGACUGUCAAGAUCGAGGGCGGAGCCAAUCACGGUGGCGGUUCGUGCCAGAUCUCCCUCAGCUACGACAGCGGGUCUACUUGGACUGCUAUCUACUCAAAGCAAGGUAACUGCCCGGUUGACACCAAUCUCGCUUUCACCGUGCCUUCAGAUGCGCCUACUGGCGACAAGGUCUUGCUUGGCUGGACCUGGAUCAACCACACUGGCAACAGAGAGUUCUACAUGAACUGCGCGUCCAUCACUAUCGCAGGUUCGAGCAGCAAGCGUGAAGAGAUCGAGUCUGCCGCCAAGCCGGCCAAGCGUGAGACCGCUUUCUCGUCACGCCCAGCCAUGUUCGUCGCCAACCUUGAGGGUAAAUCGGACUACUGCGUCAAGGAAGGUGUAGAUGUCCUCUACCCCGAGCCCGGUCCCGAUGUCGACACGGUCGGGUCUUCCGGUGGUCCCCCUGUCAACUGCGAUACUGGCGCUGCAGUCACUGGCAGCACCGGUUCUGGCUCUGGUUCCGGUUCUGGCUCGUCUGCGUCGGCCACUGCUACAGCUGCCACUUCUGCUGUUGCUACAACCACCGCCGCUGCCACAAGCAGUGCCGCCGCCGCCACGAGCGCCAUCGCUACCGCCUCCGUUUCAAUUCCCGGUGGUGUCUUUGUUACAUCUCCUUCUGGCGGUGCCUCGUCGACCGCAGCUCAGACCACUCAGCAAACAACUCUUCAGACCAAAACAACUGUUAUCAGCGUUCCUACAUCGGCAGCUGCUACCAAGACCAGCAGCGCCGCACCAGCCACGGGAUCCGGAGGAGCGGUAUCGGGAUCUCAGACAGGUGCCUGCUCCGAUGAAGGAAGUUGGAGCUGUUUGUCCGGUGGUUCUAGCUUCCAGCGAUGCGCGAGUGGCCAGUGGUCUGCCGUCGUGCCCAUGGCCGCCGGCACUAGCUGUACGCCAGGUACAUCCGACACUCUUUCCAUAGCCCGCCGCGCGAUGGCCCGCCCUAUCCGUCGCAGCCUCACCUCCUGGAGCAUGUAAAGGCCUGAGAGAGUCUUGGACAGGAACACAUGUGGAUGAUCCAUCAAAAAUUGGAUGAUACUUUUCUUCUCUUCUUCUUUUGAGGCCUGGGGCCACUUUUUGACACUUGUACAUACACGUGU